UUUGCGAGUACUGGCGAUAUGCUAGCCAAUUCUCGACCCUCCAAUCCUCCCUACGCUGGCCUGAAGGCCCGGCGCCGUCGGAAGACCUCUAAAGAAGAGCGCAUCUGUCCAGUCUGCGCGCAAGCAUUCAAGAAAGCGGAGCAUUUGGCUCGACACUUGAGAUCGCAUACAAAAGAAAAGCCGUUCAACUGUCUGGUCUGCAAUAAGGCGUUUGCCAGACAAGAUACCCUGCUACGCCACUCGCGAUCGCAUCCCGCUGGGAGCAAUGCGUAUACCAGUACAGCCGGAAUGUACAGACCGGCCGACGAAUCUAUGGAUGAAUCUAUGGAUGAAGAACACCCGUCUCCCAAUCUGGACCCAGAGCUCAUCUCGCAUACGAUCGGCCCAGAUCCAGCAGUUCCGCUCCAUCUCGAGCAUAUGAACCACCUCGACGCUCUUAAUCCCAUGGGAGGAAACAUGAUGGCACCAGUAUCUCCUCCAAACAGCUCAUCAAUCGACAAGCAUACCCCAAACAUGUCCAUCGGCGAGACCAGCACUUACCCAACUCAAGUCACACCCUUAAACUCCCUCUUCUCUCUAGAGACUGGUGACGCCUGGAGAAAUCAAACCAGCCCACAGCCUCCUAUAUGGGACUACCCGCUAGACCGAGAAUGGGAGACACUUCUCACCGGCGCCGACUUUGAUUUGGAAGCCGUGAAUUUAUCCCUUCUAUAUGCUACCUCUGACUAUGUCCCUGUGGAGACUAUACCCGGCGUGGACAUGUCACGACCACCUCCCCCAGCACAGCCUGCUUCAGUGGAUAGCGAUCACGCUAAGAGGCAUGCCAAUGCGGUACAGAGAAAGUGGCACACGUUUUCGGAAUUUGCCUCCUCGGGCCAAAUGACGCCCGACGUGCCUCGUGAAGCAAGUCUGAUUGACGAGUCGUAUCGCAAGCGGUUAGCGGAGCGUCUUCAACAACGGGUACAGCAUGGCAUUUUGCCUUCGACUCCUUUUCUUGACCUUUGCAUUCAAGCAUAUUUUUCCAAGUUCCAUCCUCUCUUCCCCGUGGUGCACAUGCCCACUUUUCGACCGGGAACCCAAAACUCCAUUCUCCUUUUGUCGGUCUGUUCUGCUGGUAGUCUUUUCGUUGGCUCGUCGCGUGCCAUAUCCCAUGGGAUCAGUAUGUUUGAGCGGCUGAACAAGGCUAUACUCUCCUCGUGGGACACAUACGUUUCCAAAUCUUGGGGAAGUUCCUUAGUGGCCCUGCAGGCUUCGAUAAUUGGACAGAAUUUCGGUUUAUUGAUGGGGCGACCAAAAGACUUGACGGGAAUCGAGAUGUGGCAUGGCUCUAUCGUUGCGACUCUCACACAAAUUCUAACGAUCAAUAGAAUUGUCCUCGGUCUCUAUAUUCAUGAUGCCGAACUCGCUCGCUUGCACCAUCACGAACCUCUCCUCCGCCACUCCCUCGAUCGUCUCCCCCAAAUAUCAUCCAACGACCUCUUCACAGCAUCCAGUGCAGAACACUGGAAAUAUCUCAUGCUCGACGAACAAGCACGCACCCUCACGAAUAACCCCCCUCGUAACUCUCCACCCCCACAAUCAAAUCCCCUCCCACAGGCAGUUCUCCCUAGCGAUUUUGCACUCUGCGGUAUGCUCGAAUCUAUAAGCGCAAUGGCCUGCGAAACACAAGAUCAACACUCUCUCCACUUCGAACACUCCUCAUCAGCAUCAAUAUCAAUAUCAACCUCCCUCCCUUCCUCAUCAUCUACACCCGCACCCUCAAAAUGCCACACCCUCCUCACCACAUGGCACACAACCUACCAUGCACCCCUCCAAAACAAACCGGGCUGGCCCUGCCUAAUGAUGCUCUGGCACUCAAUCCACAUAACCCUACACGCAGACAUCAACGCCCUCGAAUGCGCCGCCGGCCGCGAGGGCUACGACGGCGUCCAAAAGUACACUCCCUACGCCCAGGCCUGGCUACGGUCCGCCGAUGCAAAACGCUGCUUAUUACAUGCCCUGCUUAUCCAGAAGAAUUUCGAAUCGUUAUCCGCUGGCGCGGAGCCGGCGAUUUACGUGCCGAAGUGUUUGUAUUAUGCUGGGUUGGUGUGGGCGUGUUUUUUGUGUUUCGGUGGACCCAGUGUACAAGGACAUGAGCACGGGCCUCGAGCUGCAAAUGAGCAUGGCAAUGAAAAUGAGAAUCAACCCUGCGAUGAUGAUGGUGAUGACCACGCGAACCACGACGAGGUCAUCACCAUCGGGCCCGCGGAGACUCUACAAUUCGCAGAACUCCGUUUACCCGGUGUUGAUGGGAUAGGGGUGUUUUUGGAGCAGAUGGGGGGAUUGCAGCCGCGGCGGUUGGCGAUGGGGAGUCUUUUUCGGAUUAUUGAUUUGUUGCAGCGGAUCAGUCAUUGGAAGAUUGCGCAAAGUUUGGCGGCGACGCUUUUGGUUGUUGUUGAGGAGACGCAGGAUUUGUUUUGA